AUGCUUCUCCUCCCUCUCUCCACGCUGAUUCUGCUCUCACAGCCCCCAAGGUCUCUGGGGGCAGAAAUGAAGAUCUAUUCCCAGAAAACACUGGCCAACGCCUGCACCCUGGUCAUGUGUAACCCCCCGGAGAAGGGCCUGCCUGGUCGUGAUGGACAAGAUGGGAGAGAAGGCCCCCAGGGCGAGAAGGGGGAUCCAGGUUUACCAGGACCUGUAGGAGAAGCAGGGAUGCCUGGACCAGCUGGCCCAGUUGGGCCCAAAGGGGACAAUGGCUUUGCUGGAGAACCCGGGCCAAAGGGAGACACUGGACCACCUGGGCCUCCAGGACCUCCAGGUAGGCCUGGUCCAGCUGGAAGAGACGGUCCCUCAGGGAGGCAGGGGAACAUAGGACCUGCAGGUGCACCAGGCCCCAAAGGCGAGACUGGACCCAGAGGAGGAGUGGGUGCCACAGGCAUGCAGGGCUCCCCGGGGACAAGAGGCCCCGCAGGUCUUAAAGGAGAGAGAGGUGCCCCCGGUGAACGCGGAGCCCCUGGAAGUGCUGGGGCAGCAGGGCCUUCUGGAGCCAUGGGUCCACAGGGAUCUCCAGGUGCCAGGGGCCCCCCAGGACUGAAGGGGGACAGAGGUGCUCCCGGAGACAGAGGAGCGAAGGGAGAGAGUGGACUCCAAGACAUCACCGUUCUCCGGCAGCGGGUGGAUACCUUACAGAGACAGCUACAACGCCUCCAGAAUGCUUUCUCUCAGUAUAAGAAAGUGGAUCUCUUUCCCAGUGGCCGGGGUGUCGGGGAGAAGAUCUUCAAGACGGGAGGUUUUGAAAAAACUUUUCAGGAUGCACAGCAGGUAUGCACACAGGCCGGGGGACAGAUGGCCUCCCCACGCUCUGCAGCCGAGAACGAGGCCUUGAAACAGCUGGUCACAGACCAGAACAAGUCUGCUUUCCUGAGCAUGACCGACAACAAGAAGGAAGGCAGCUUCACCUACCCCACAGGGGAGCCCCUGGUGUAUUCUAACUGGGCCCCCGGGGAGCCCAACAACGACAGAGGCACAGAGAAUUGUGUGGAGAUCUACCCCAAUGGCAAGUGGAACGACAAGGCCUGUGGAGAACAGUGCCUCGUGAUCUGCGAGUUCUGA